UUUGAAUCCCCACUGAUGUAUGAAGUUUCAGAGCACCAAAGUAGUGGCACAGACAGUUCAGGAAGUAGUCUGGGAAGCUCUGUCACAGCAUGUAAGAAGGUCCUCUGCAGCAACAGCUUGCUAGAGUCAACUGACUACUGGCUCCAGAAUCAGAGGACACCAUGUCGAAUUGGCAUUGUAGAAGACAAGUUAGAAAAGAACUACACCUCAGUUUGCUUUGUGAAUCUGGAUGCAUGCAAAGGUGAUUGUGAUGAAGAACACAUGAAGCAGAGAUUGAUCAGUGUCUCGCCAAAUCUUCCAAAGCUUAUCAACUCUAUGAAUGUACAGCCCCCAAAAGAGAAUGAAAUUAUUCUGCUGAGUGGAUUAACUUCAGGAAGCCUCCAGGCUGAUUUUGAAGUACCCCAGUGUUCUUGGCUGGCAGAUGUCUGUCUGGUUCAGUGUGCAAGAGGAAACAGAAAGAACAGCACAAGCUGCCUCAUCUUUGAAAUAAACAAGUUCCUGAUUGGGCUGGAACUUGUUCAGGAGAGGCAGCUGCGUGUUGAAGCUAGCAUCUUCAAGCCCGAGGAUGAUACCAACUGCUCGGUGUCGUCAAUAGAGGAAGAUUUUCUUACGGCAUCGGAACACUUUGAUGAGGAGAAUGAGGCUGAUGAGUAUAUAAAUGAUCAGGAAAAGCUAAAUGGCACGGAACCUUCAUCAACAUUCAAAAAGUAUCAAGGGAAAGGACUUGAAAUCCUAGAUUGCAAACAGGCCAGAUUGCCAUUUACUCUAGAAGCUAAUUGUGUUAACAAAGGCAGCGCAGCUCCAAACAGGACUUCAAGUUCAUCUGAGGAAGACUUUAAUUUUGGGGGGGAAGGCAGUGUUUUACAAACUGUCGGUAAGGCCACCAAGCAGCUACACUGGAAGGCUAAUGUAGCUGGGAAAUCUAAGCCUUCCUCAAAUACAGAUGACCCGGAAUACUCUUCUAGGGGUGAUACAGACAACUCUGAUGUGUCAGAAGAUGCAUCUUUGGCUAUAAUGGCGAAGGAGGAACUGAUUUCUUUGGAUGAUGGAACAGGAGAACAAGAUGGUCAUUUAGACACAUCCGUGUGUGGAGAUGAAAUAAAACCUCACCCUGCUGUGCAAAAUGAACAAGCUACGGCAGGUCAGUUUGCUACAAAUUUGGCAGAGUCUGUACUGCAGGAUGCCUUCAUCAGAUUAUCUCAGUCUGCUUUUACCAACGAGGCUGCCAUCAGCAUCUCUGUUGGUAACACCUUAACUUCAGCCACAUGUACAACAGAAGAUGAAAUGGCUUCCCGGCCAUGGAAUGAACUUCCCAAAAUUGUCAUAGUUCAAAGUCCAGAUGGCUCUGAAAACAUAUCUGAGUGGUCUGGAUCUAGUUUACCAAAUCUGAGUCCUGGGUCUGAAAUGGAAUGUCCUACCGAAGUUGCAGAUUUGGUUCAAGACAACACCUCCAGUGGAAGCACUCAGAGUACUUUGGAAGUAGCUUUGGCCUGUGCAGCUACAGUCAUUGGUACUAUUUCAAGCCCACAUGCGGCAGAGCAACUUCACAGCGAACAGGAACCAAUGAACUCUGAAAAUGAUAUGGUUGCCAGUGAAGAGUUAGGGCCAAAUCCUUCCCAAAGCCUCAAUAACUGUACUUCUGUGGACUAUUCUUUUCCAUCUGCCCUGUGCGGAAUGACUCAAGUAGCAAGUGCUGUUGCUGUUUGUGGUCUUGGUGAAAAAAAAGAUGACACGUACCCUGUAACUUCAACUGGACUCUUAUCUGCUGCAGAGGCAUCAGCAGCCAUUACUCUCCACUGCAGUAUAGCCAUAGGGAGCAGCAUGGAGAAUCUGAACAGUAGCAUUGCACAAGCAUUGUUCAAAGAGGCAUCCUUAGUGCUAACAAAUCCAGAAACAUACAAAAAUAUAGGGGAGUUUAUGGAAUCCGUAAAUGGGAAAAUAGUUCAGGCUGCGAGAAAACCACCAAUUCCACACUUGGAUGAAGUCAUAGUUGAUGAACUUGCCCAGAACUUGUCUAAUAUUAUUCUGAGGCACUCUGUGGAAGAGGUCAGGAAGAACCAGCUUAACACCAGUUCGGAAAGAAACAUAGGCAUGAACAGCCAGGAUCUUUUUAUUUCAACUGCAAACAAACUGCUUUUUAAUGUGCUGUAUUUGACUUGUAAGAAAAUGAGUGAUAUUUCACAGCUUAGCGAAUGUUCGAAUAACUUUGCUGAAGAAAAUUCCAGCUGGCAAGCAAUGGACAGCCAACCAAAAGAAGCGAUAGACAAUGUACUACAGCAGUGCCCAAACUACUCAAAUCAUGAGCCUUCCCCUGGUACUAAUUCUGACAAGGAUCUUGUUCCUUUAGCAAGUUCAGUGAAAGACAUCAAAGAGGAAGUCGUGGCAGUUGCUCAGAAAUCUGCCAUGCUUCCAACAGAUCUGUCCCCUAGAACCAGUGGUCAUAGUUCACCUACUGGAAGGACAUCACCCAAGAAAAGGUAUGUGAAAAGAACUACAAGAGAUUGUUCUAAAUCCACGAAUCCCAGCAAUAAUCAUACUAAGCAAGAACUCAGAUCGUUUACUGGCAGGGAAAAUACCACAACUGGAAAUGAAUGCAAACACGGUAUUCAAGAACUGCCAUCUUCUCGUGCUCUAAUAAGUACAGACAGUCAGGAAGAGCACAUCUGUGAUGCAGCAUGGCACAGUGAAACCCAACUCAGUCUGUCAUUAUUGGGUAAUCAAAGUUUGUUGCCUCCCCAACUUCUGCCACAGUUGAAGCACCCAGCAGAUGACUACUGCUUAACAGAUUUUGCGGAGGAAUUGGCCGAAACAGUGGUCUCCAUGGCGACAGAAAUAGCUGCCAUUUGCCUUGACAAUUCAAAUGGCAAGCAACCCUGGUUCUGCGCAUGGAAGAGAGGAAGUGAAUAUUUGAUGCCUCAGGCUUUGUCAUGGCAGACCAUCAAAAGGAAGAAGGAAACAACGCAGUCUAAUGGAUCUGUUGUGAGAAAACAUAGGCCACCUAGGCUUAGUGAAAUCAAGAGAAAAACUGAUGAGCAUCCUGAGCUAAAAGAGAGGCUGAUGAAUAGGGUAGUGGACGAAUCCAUUAAUCUUGAUGACACACCAGAUUCUAGUUUUGCCAAUGAAGUGGCCGCUAAAAUUAUGAACUUAGAGGAACUCUCUAUGGUUGAUAAUGUAUGGCAGAGUCCGAACCAUCCUCGGAAUAGACUGCUCUGUGACCGGUGGAAUAGAGUCAAUGCAUCUAGUUGUGAAAGCAUUCCUGAAGAGGAUUCAGAUUCCAAAGGGUCAGCCAAUACUUUGGGUCUCAUGAACACCCUAGGGCAGUCGAUAAGCAGAACAAGUUCCAUCUCCAAACAGUCUAGCUGUGAAAGCAUUACAGAUGAGUUUUCAAGAUUUAUGGUCAACCAGAUGGAAAAUGAAGGCCGAGAGUUCGAUUUGUUACUUGACUACUACGCUGGGAAAAAUGCAAAUAACAUCUUAACUUCUGCACUGCAACAAGUGUCCAAGAAAAAUGGCCACCUCAACGUCCGGCCGAGUUGCCCAUCUAAACAGUCAAGCACAGAAAGCAUAACAGAAGAGUUUUAUAGAUAUAUGCUUAAAGAAAUAGAAAAAGAGAAUAAGGAGAAUGUGUUCUCUGCAAGGAAUUCAAAGGAGUGGGGUAGCAGUUUAUUACCUCCUUCCCAACGAUCACUAUUUUGUUUUAGACAGUCCUCGAUGCCUGAUAGCAGAUCUUCAGCUUCAAGGCUAACAGUGAAUGUGCCCAUCAAGGCAAAUUCAUUAGACGGUUGUUCCCGCAAUGGUCACCAGGAUUCUUUAAGUGUACAGCCCAUCAGCACCGUGUCCUCUUCUGGGCUUUGCAAAUCAGACUCUUACCUGUACCAAAGAUGUAGGUCAGAUCAAGUAACAGACAUGCUGAUUCAUGAGACUUGGGCAAACUCCAUCAAAGCUCUAAUGUGCAAGAACAAAAUAAUUGUGGAUGAACUAGAGGUUACAGAACCCGAACAGCAUCCCCAUGACUCUCCACUGCAUGUUCAACAAUACGCAAAUAGGUUAGCAGCAAAUAUUGUUGAAAGUGGGAAAACUUUAAUUGCCAUCCAUCAAGAUUCUACAAAUAGAGAGAGUUCAGACGAAAGCAGUCCUGUCCCAAAAGGGAUGCAGAUCUCUAAACCAGUAGGAGAUAGAACAGACUUAGAUGUGAAAAGGCAAUAUUUUGCAGCCUCUGGGAUGUUUCCAAAAAAACAUACUAGCUCCUCUGCAUGCCUAAGGGAAGUGCCUUUAAUUCAGAUAGAAACUGAUCAAAGAGAAGACCUUGAUAAAGGCCCAGAACCCCUAAUUCAAGUUAACAUCUCCCCUGGAGAAACAAGGGAGCCGUUCAACAAAGAAAGCCCUUCAGAAGCAGAUAUGGGAAGACACGUGGUGUCCUUUUCAAACAGCAGUACAAGACGUUGCCCAGAGCCUAAAGUCUCAGGGGAGGCCAGAGCCAUGGAGGAGUUUCCAGUGCCUCUCAGCAGCAGCGAUGAAAGCACAGGCAGCAGCUGGUGUCAGCUGGCCAACGAUGAGGACAAUCCUGAAGAUACAAGCAGUUAUUUGCAACUCAGUGAGAGAUCCAUGAGCAAUGGCAACAGCAGCACCACUAGCAGUCUUGGCAUUAUGGACCUGGAAAUUUAUCAGGAAAACAUGUCAUCUUCUCGUACUAUUAAUGAAUUAGUAGACGAAGACACAUUCCGUAACACGCAACCAGAAAAGGGAGAGGAAUGCACUGCUGAUCUAUCUGUGGAAACCGCCAGUAAGCAAAAGGAUCUCUUGGUGAUAAACUUUGAUCUGGAACCAGAAUGCCCUGAUGUAGAACUGCGUGCCACCCUGCAGUGGAUAGCUGCAUCAGAGCUUGGAAUCCCCGUUAUCUAUUUUAAGAAAUCUCAGGAAAAUAGAAUUGAAAAGUUUUUAGAUGUUGUGCAGCUUGUCCAUCAGAAGUCCUGGAAAGUGGGCGACAUCUUUCACGCUGUGGUGCAGUUCUGCAAGCUCCAUGAAGAAAGCGGAGAGCUGAUGCCCAGCCUCUUUGACUGGCUUCUUGAGUUGGGAUAAGAAAACCUCGCCGCACUCUUUGUUUUCGUUUGUGAUCCAUCUUAAGUGGCAGUGGUUUGUGAGUGGCCCUUUUUAAAAAAAACAUCAGCACAAUAUACUGAGCAAGAAGU